AUAUUUAAAAAGUCGGUGAGGUUAGUUGAUUAGUUCGUUUAGUUUACUCGCGUGAAAGCGUUGAGCUUCUGAAGAUCUUGGUAUGGUGCCAAAAAUGGCGAGCUCUGAUGAGAAGAAUGAAGUUGUGUCCUUGGAACUGCCUGCUCCUCCUGGAUGGAAAAAAAUGCUCACAAACAAAAAGGGAGGGGCUUCAAAGAGAAGUGAAAUAGCUUUUACUGCGCCUACCGGGGAAGAGAUCACUAGCAGAAACCAGUUAAAGCAGUAUCUGAAAUCACACCCCGGUGGUCCACCGUUAUCUGAAUUUGACUGGGCAACUGGUGAAACUCCUAGGAGAUCCGCGAGAAUCAGCGGGAAGGUGAAGUCAGCUCCACCUCCUCCUGACAGCGAACCUCCUAAAAAACGAGGUAGGAAAUCUUCAGCUUCGAAGUCGGGUGGCAAUGAGAACGGAGCUGAAGAGAAACCCGAGGGUUCUCCAGGUGCAAUUGCUGGAAAAGAUGUUGAGGGAGAGAAGGACGAGAAAAAAGAUGAAAUUGAAGCUGCUGCAGAAAAUGUAGAGGAAAAGGAUGAAGCAAAAAACCUCGAGAACAAUGUUGAGAAGGAGGAUGAAACUAAGAAUGAUGUAUUGAAGAGUAAUGCAGAUGAUGAGAAAAACGAAACCCAAAUUGUUUAUGGUUUUGAAGGAAAUGCUCCCGAAGUGAACAAUUCUCGUGGAGAUGCAGAAAUGGCCGAGGUUGAGAAAGCAGCUGAUGUUGCUAAAGAAACUCAGAAGGAUGAGAACGCUGCUCAGGUUGCUGAGGAGGAUGAUGCUACAUUGAAAAAGGAAAAAUUGGCGUGUGCUGCUGAUCAAAACAAGCAUGAGGAGAAACACGAACAGAAAACUUGUGAGACAACCAAAAAGGCCGAGGAACAAAGUAAUUUGGUGAACAAUGAAGCAAGCGAGGGAAUAGUGGUUGAGAAUGGCAGUAGAGCUGAUGAGGCUCUUGCGUUGUGACCUUCAUGAGAAACUAUUAACACUCAUGGAAGUUGUGCUCCAGAGCACCUAAACAUCGCAAAUUUCACUUCGAGAAGCUCCUGAUGGGCCUUUGGGAAGUGAAAUAUGUAGUGCUUAGGCGCACUGGAGCAGAAAAGAUGCAGUCCAUGAGCACCUAUGAGUUUUUCAUAGCCAUAACUUGUGAUGAUUGUAGUGUUGUUAAUGAUACAUAGUUCAUGAAAUCCCUUUAGGCCUUUAUGUGAAACUGUAGAAUUUGUCCUUUAACAUUGUGUCUUUGUUGUUGUAUAAGAACUUGUGUUAUGCUGAGGCCACCUGUAAGUUGCAGAAAUGAUGUCUGAACUCAUUAUGUAAAACUAAAUAAGUUAAUAGAUGGUUUUACUAAAUCUAGUCAUA